AUGAAAGACCCCUUUUUCCUUGAGCCGCUGCCAUGGCUCGUAAAGGCGACGCAGCCUUUCGCUGACUUUUUCUCACUACCGACACUGCCAAUCCACGUCCAUGAAGUCUUCGCCUCGGCCCUCUUCUACUCGGUCAUUUAUUACCCUCUGUCUCCUUUGCUGUCGCGAUUGAUAGUUGGCCGCAAAUAUCUCGAUCUCCCCCGCAAGAGACGCAUAAACUGGGAUGCCCACGUCGUCUCUCUUGUCCAGAGCCUCCUCGUCAACGGCUUGGCCCUCUGGGUUAUGUUCGUUGAUGAGGAGCGCAGUAGGAUGGAUUGGCAAGCUCGUAUGUGGGGCUACACAGGUGCUGCUGGUAUGAUUCAGGGCCUUGCUGCUGGCUACUUUCUCUGGGAUUUGGUUGUCACGAGCUUCAACAUGGAUGUCUUUGGAUUCGGCACCUUGGCUCAUGCCGUCAGCGCCCUCUUCGUAUUCUCUCUUGGCUUCCGACCUUUUCUUAACUACUACGGCUGCACCUUCAUCCUAUGGGAGCUAUCAACGCCCUUCCUUAACAUUCACUGGUUUUUUGACAAGCUAGGAAUGACCGGGUCCCGCGCGCAACUCUAUAACGGCCUCAUGCUCUUGUUCACUUUCUUCUCCUGCCGCCUAGUAUACGGAACGUACCAAUCGGUCAAGGUCUUUUCGGAUAUAUACGCUGCAAUUAACGCCCACCCCAUCCUGCCCAAGGAAAUCUCUCCGGAAACGGGUGCAGUGCUCGCCCCGGCUGGUGUAAUGAGGUUUGCGACGGCAACGUCGACGGUGCCAACGUGGCUGGCCGUAACCUACCUGAUGAGCAACAUAACCCUCAACAGCCUAAACUUCUACUGGUUCGUCAUGAUGAUUCGUGCUGUUCGGAAGAGAUUCCAGCCAGCAAAGUCGACAGACAAGCAAGCUCUGAACGAGCCCUCUUCUACCAAGGCCACCGCCUUGUCUACUGGGACUCAAUCUCGUCGGCGUAAGGCAUAG